GUCAUUUCCUGCACAGCGAGACACGAUUCGAUAUUACCAAUAAACCUUAUGGUCAAACUAUACGAUGAUAACUUCUCAGAGAAACAGGAUAGUGUCACCACUGGAAAGUACACAAUCGGCUUGGGACAGGAUCAUAUGGCUUACUGCACAGAUCUGGAAGACAUUCACUCCAUCGCUUUAACCGUCACUUCGCGGCUGAUGAGAAGGGCUGUCAUAGGGUACAAUAAGAUCGGUCGAUUGGAG